AUGGGACGCCGAGGGGGCGGCGGCGGCGAGGGCGGCGGCUCCCCGGAGCGGGCGAUGGGGACCCGCAAAGGUCUAUUCUCAAAUAUCUGGUUAUGGCGAGGUGUUGCUGGAGUCCUUACCACUGCAGUCGUUUUGAUUUUGUGUAUUCAGUUUGUAAACCGUUCUUUGGCCAAAGAUUUUCCUGUCUGUCCUUCCCUGGACCUCUGUCCAUCAGGUUGGCUGUAUUUCCAGAGGAAAUGCUACUUCCUCUCAGAGAGUGAAGCCAACUGGAACUCUAGUCAGAGCCUCUGCUCUUUGCACAAUGCUUCCCUCCUGGUGAUCGAAAAUCAUCAGGAACUGAGUUUUAUGGUGAAGAUAACAAAGCAAGACCCGUGGAUUGGACUCUAUAAAAGAAAUGAAGAGUUCUUUUGGGUAAAUGGGAAAGCGUUAGACAAUAAACUGAUUGAAGUCAAAGGGUCUGGAAACUGUGCCUAUCUUGAGUCAAAAGGAGUCUCAGCCUCUGGAUGUUAUUUAACCAGGAAGUGGGUCUGUAGCUUGAAUAUUAGCUUAGCACGAUAAAGGUGGAUGAAGCCACCCA